GGUUCAGUCUAGGAUGGUGAUGGUGUAAAGAGUGUAUAAGUGACUCGCGGAUCCAUAUUGGAGGUUGUUUUGGUGUAUUAUUACCCAUGCCAGAAUUGUGUGAGGGCAUCUGGCAUGACGGUUGGCUGGUGGACUGGUGAGCCACCAGUGGUCCUCCCCAUCCUAACUAUGGCUGACCGACAGGAUGAAUAGGCGCGGAGGCAACCGAGCCAAACGCACAGCAGAGUCCAAGGCUACGGGUAACACUGGCCGGGGAGCUCGACCCAACUCCCGCCGGGAGAGUGACCUACCAGUGCCUGCCACUAGCCAAGCUUCAUCCGUACAUGCAACUACUUCUGGAAGUAGUAGCAGUAAUAGUUCAUCUCAUGGCAAACACAGCAAAGAUGAUGUCCAACCAGAAUCCGUGAGAGGGAGUGGAGGUGGAGGUGGAGGAGGAGGAAAAGAUGACUCACCAGGUAGUGAUGGUGGCCUUGAGUCAGGCAAUAGCAGCCAUGACAGAGGGUCUUCCUCUCCAGCUCAGGGUGAUGGACAUGCUGUAAGUAGUAGAGGUAGCACAGGUGCGGUCACCACCAUGCCAGCGGCAACUGUAAGCCGGGCUCAGCCUGUGAGUGCCAACAGGAGUGUGACGACGUCUGCAGGUGCUGGUGGCACUCCCUCCUCAGCGAGGGAAGAGAGGUCGCAACCAGUCCAUGAUGUUUGUAAGUUGCCAAAAAAGCGAAAAUUCGAUCCAUCAGAGCUUGAGGACAUGCAGGAGCCUCCGAAACCUCUCAUGGGAAAAAGUCCUAAUAAUGCCGUCACCAACAGUGCAACUGGAAUAUCACCAUCCUUAUCAAUUGGGACAACACCUGCUUCAAGUUUAGCUCAGACUUCUGUAUCAUCAUUGUCUUCAGUUGCAAAAAAUCCUAUUAUCACUACAACUACCACCACUGCCAGGAAUUCUAUGAUGCCAGUUAAUGGCAGAAGUCCGUUGGUGCUUCCUCCAUCAGAAAGAAAUCCCUUAGCGCCUCCUCCUGUGGUCGAGAGAAGUUCCUCUUUGUCAGUACCAUCAACCAUCAUAAGUGUAUCAGACAAUCCACAAGAUUUACGAGUUAACAUGAUUAGCGAUGGAAUUGGGAAUGGAAGUGGCAACAUUAUUAAUAUCCAGGAAAAAAGCAAGAUUGAAUGUACGCUUCCCAAUCAGCCCCUUGACAUGAGUGGUGGUGGAAACCAUCCCAUGACACACUUGGUCAGUCAUAAUCCUAUGGGUCCUCAAGUGUUAACUGUACAGCCUCAAGCACUGCCUCAGACAAACAACCAAAUAAAACUUGUGCCUGCUCCUCAAGCCCUGCCCACCUCUCAUACUGCCACAGCAUCAACGCACAUCAUUCAUCCCCAUCAGGCGACUUUAGUAACUAUCCCACAGUAUCAACAAAGCUCACAACAGUUGCAGUUACAGCAUCAACAACAGCAACAGCAACAACAACAACAACAACAAAGACAGAAAAUUCAGCAUCAAAUUCAGCAGCAACAGGUCCUCCAGCAACAUCAUCAUCAGCAACAGCAACAUCACCAGCAGCAUGAACAGCAGCAGCAACAGCAACAUCAGCUUCAUCAGAUUCACAUACAACAGCAACAGCAGCAACAACAGCAAAAUCAGCCACCACAGCAGCAACAAAUGCAACGCCAACCAUCUCUUCCACAGCCUUUGCCAUCAUCUCAAAUGCCACACCAGCUAAGUGGAUCUGGCCAUCACACAGUGCAUGUCCCAUCUCACUUGGUUCCUCCAAUGGCUCACUCUCAUUCCAACUCCCAGCAACAAGGCCCCUCAGGUCGUCCCACACAGUCGCCUAAUUCCAAAGUAGAGUUUUCCCAGCCGAAAUAUCCCAGUUAUAAGAGUGUGGUUGAUGCAGCGGCCCAAGCAACUCUCCCUUCCCACCAUAUCCCUGGGGAAACGAGAGAAGGUGGAGAAGUGCCUCGAACUCCGGAGAUGUGGUCCUCACAGCAGGGUAUUACCAGAGCACCCGUAGAAUUGGGUGAAUGGAAGGGGCAUCGAGUUUUAGCCAAGCGUGGUCAGCAUUAUUACCCUGCAGUUAUUUGCAGUGUUAAGAAUGGCUGUGAUUUACUAGUUAGGAUUGACGCUGAUCCCACCAGUGAAAUUUGGUAUACUAAUGUUUUUACUUCAACUACAAAAUUUGAUGUGAUAAGUGAUGCAGUGCCAUCUGCAAAACAGUUAGUUGAGGGUGCGCGUGUUGUAGUGAGACUGGACAAAGAGCAACAAAUGUUUGUGGAAGGUGUAGUGUAUGAACGCCAAGGCUCUGGCACUACUCAGUACUUAGUGCGCAUUAGUGGAGAAGCCAGUAGUCAUGACCACUGGCUUUUACGACCCCAUAUGAGGUUGCUGCAGCCCCCAUGGUGGGAAGACCUAGAACCUCAUGGGCAGACAGCAGUGAUGUCUACUGCGCCCCAUCAUUAUAGUUCCCAUAAGCCAAGUGGUUAUCUUCCAGCAGGCUUCCAGGAAUCCCCUGCUGCUCCCCCUCACCCGAUGCCCACUGGUCCUAGCUACCCCAUGGUGGCUGCCACAUAUGGGACUGUCACACCGCCUAACCACGUGACACCUCCGGGUAGUUUUGCCAUGACGCCUGUUAGUGGACAAUCAGGUUCUGCUGGACUCAGCUCUGGAUCUGAGGAGUUACGCCGACGACCCUUGGAUGAUUAUGACAGUGAUGAUGAUCUCAGAAGAGAGGAUAUUACCUUCCCAUCUGACACAGGUCAUUUCAGUGGAACUCAUCGGUCCUUGUCUCUAACUCCCGGAGCUUUGGGGAGCAAGUACACAACUGAUCCUAAACGUUCCUCCAUGCACAGUCGUGGAUCCACGUCCAGCUUAAUUGAACAGGGUAGUAUUGGCACAACCACACCCAGAUCAACUCCCGUAACCCCUAGAUCAGGAACAGCUACUCCACUCAAGUACAAGAAAGGCGAGGUUGUGACUACACCCAAUGGCAUACGCAAAAAGUUUAAUGGUAAGCAGUGGAGAAGAUUGUGUGGCAAAGAUGGAUGCAGUAAAGAGAGCCAGCGUCAAGGUUACUGUUCACGUCACCUUUCGAUGUAUGGCAGGAAACUGCGGCCAUCCUCCAUCCCCUUCACUGCUGGGAAGGACACUCCUAGUGUGGAAGGCAAUUGGGAAGAAAUGUCUUGUGACUCGGAUACCUCUCCAAACUUCACAGUUGCCGCUCCACGAUCACAGGAUGAAACUGAAGCUGCCAAUAUGUUAAUGACAUUGAGUAAUUCUUCGCGCUCUACGACCCCAGCCGGUGGCUUCUCUCCAAGGUCAAUAUCUCCCCGAGCCAUUCAGAGUCCUGUGACCGUAGGCCCCAAGGGUAAUGUGUUCAUGCCGAUUUCCCAGCCUGGGGCGGCCAUCACCUCCCCCACUGGCCGACCCUGGACCUCUCACGACCAUGUGAAUAGACAUCCAGCUCCAGUUUUGCCUCAUAGACAACCAAUCAUCAGACCUGAACUAGUUCGUCCAGUAACAAAGCUGCCAUCAAUAGUUGGUCAUGCGACAGGUGGCACGAGUGUGAUCCGCGCCUCCCCGAGUCAUGCCAUGCCAGUAGCUCAGGCCUCUGGUGUAUCUUCAACACCAAGCAUUCAAGGCCCGCAAGUGACCUUAUCACUAACGGGGGCCCCUGCCGUUCAGUUUCACCCAGCGCCUGAGUCUGUCAUACAAGAUGGGAGAGGACUCCUGACUCUCCAGCAGCGUGUGACAACAACGGUAGAUAACCAAGUUAUCAGUGGGGUUAUUCGUGAAGACCCUUCCAGAGUUGAGGUUGCCACUGAGGUUCAUCCUGAAACUAAUGAAACUCAGUCUGCACUGUUAGAACAGGCCUUAACUACUUCCUCAGUAUCAAAUAGGACCAAAAUUGAUCCAGACUCUCAACCUCAAGACUUAUCCAAUAGGUUUCGACCCGUGGAACAGGCGGGGUUUAGCAACGGGUGUACCUCAGAUGGUAAAUCUGAGGGACAUAUAAGUGUGGGAAACAUUGGGGAACAAGAGGGUUUAUUAUUGCGUGCCAACGACAUGACUGUGAGAGAAGCAAGGAUGUCUGUGACUGAACAUGCUUCUUCAGUGGAAAUGGUCAAAGAAGAACCUUCAGAGAGAAUGCAUAUGUCAGGUGACAUGAAGCCAAUGAUAACCACAUUGCCAACCAGUGUUAUUAGUGGUGCAACACCAGGACAUGGUGCACUUAUCAUAACCACUCAGCCUAGAGUGCAAGUGACAGCCACUGGUUCUGAACAUGUGAUGGUUCACUCUCAUUCCACAAAGGAAGAAGGUGAAAGGGAAGGUAUUGAGCUUCAGCAAGGAAAUAUUUACCACUGGAGUCAGUUGGUUCCAUUGAUCACAACACCAAAUAAAACCAUGACAAGUCAGCAGCCAAAAAACGAGGAAGAGGUCCCUCCAGCGACUAAUGGUACACUGUUAACCAACGGUGGGGGACAUACAGCAGAAACUACCAGUGAUGGAAUUGUGAAUAACAAUGGUAUUGAAGGUGGCCAGAGAGAAUCCUGUAGUCAAGAUGUGGAUUUCGAUCUGACAGCAGAUGACGAUGAUGUCUUCCUUACUGAUGUUGAUACCACUGCCAGUACCAAUAAUAAGAGACGAACCCAGUCCUUAGGCUCCUUUUCAGGGAAAGAUGAACCUAAGAGUCCUAGGAAGGGAAAGGGGGAAAAGGAGCAUAUCAGACGACCAAUGAAUGCAUUUAUGAUAUUUAGCAAACGACACCGACCUCUUGUCCAUCAACGAUAUCCCAACCAAGAUAAUCGAACCGUUUCCAAAAUCCUCGGAGAAUGGUGGUAUGCAUUAGGCCCCGAAGAAAAACAAAAAUAUCACAGUUUGGCUUCAGAGAUAAAAGAGCAUCACUACAGAGCACACCCUGAUUGGAAAUGGUGUAGCAAAGAUCGUAGAAAAUCUUCCACCAGUUCCAACAAAGGGGAAGGUCCUCCAUAUAUCUCUGGUGGCUCAAACACAGAUGGUAUGCCUUUGACUCCAGGUGGUCCAAACUGUGGUAGUCAGCCACAGACUCCUGGAGCAAUUGGAAGCACUCCAAGUACUCCAGGUGGAAUGCAGCCAAACACCAAAAUGAUCCAGAUGCCUUUGUGUAAUGUCUCAACUGCUAGUGGAAGUGGGAGCCCCAUGGUACCUAGGAGAGACACCAUCGGGUCUGAAGUUUCUGACGACGACUCAAAAAUGGUCAUUUGUGAAGAAGGGGGAACAGAACACACCCAUGGCAAUACUAGUAAUAAGACAGACCCAAACAGUGAGAUUGAUUUAGCCUGCAAAGAACGUGUUGGGGACUCAGAUUCCGAGACUCAGAGUGAUACAGAAGUCAGUGAGAGACUUCGCAGACCUUACUCACCCCCUACAAGUACAGAUGUCAAGUGCAAGCCCAAACCCAUCAAAGGAAGACCUCCAUUGACAGAGGAGGUAGUAACACUUUAUGGUCCUACUGGCUCAGCACAGCUGGGGGCUGACCAACUUUCUGCAGCUGGGAAACCCUCCCCUCUGCACUUGCCUUCCACACCAACACUCCAUAUGCCUUCAACCACACUGCAGUCCACGGGCAGUGCUUUCAGGUCUAUGCCACCAUCCCCCAAAGUGCGAAGUAUAGCAGAGAGCAACAGUAUAGCACAGUCAGAUAGUGAGAAGAUGAAUGUGUCUGCAAGUGGGAACAACAUUGGAACAAAUAUCAAGAUCAUUAGCAAUGUCUCUUCAGCAACAGGGCAGCGAACGGUCAUGAAGACGAACCACAUCAAGUCAAUACACAAUCUCACUGUGACCACACAGGAGAGGAAACCAGUCCUAGUGGACACCUCGAUCAGCUUGCGUACAACAAAAAGUGAUGGCAAGGGAGGUAUUGCUAAUACUGGUGUAACUUUGCCAGCUGGUACUCAGGUGAUACCAAGUAGUGGUCAACAGGUGUAUCACACUGCCAUCAGUAGCAGUACUGCAGCUGUCACUGCAACACCCACCAUGAGCUCAAUUCCAAAAGCAAUUUUAAUGUCGCCUGGACAUUUAGCGCUACUGAACACAGGAGUUAAGGUGGCUUCCUGUGGCAGUUCUCCUAUGCAUGUCACUAAUGUUGUGGUGAAAACCACCCCAGCAACAUCCGUUGGAAGUCAGCCAGUUGUUAGCAAAGCUGUGUCAGCGGGAGCGGGUCAGCCUACUCACGUUCAGUACCUGGUGCCAUCGUUCACGCCAGAUGGGAAAUUGAUAUUACCCAGUAAUUUACUGGUGUCCACAGAUUCAACUGCAAAGCAGUUGACAGUAACUCCGGUGUCUUCAGCCGCAGGAGUGCGGGUUGUUCCAUCUACAGUGGUGAGCACGUCGGAAGCGGGAAGUGUCAUAAAACCUAUUACAGUUGCGGGUGUUACAAAGACUAGUGUUGCAUCGCAAGCACAAGGAAUGGUGUUAAUUUCGGGUACGCGUCAGGGUAUUGGCGCUGUGGGACAGCAGGUGGCAGUUAGUCAGGCAGUAUCACUCACCCAGUCUCCUUACCAAACAUUCCCUCCGGGUCGUGAGGGCGGUGGAUCAGCAGCAGUGGUGACCAAUUCGCCUGCAGCCGGAUCUGUGGCCAUGCCUUUGCCUGGUCAGCAGCUGUCUCCUCCUCAACAACAUUUUAAUCAGCAGCAGCAACCCCAACCAAAAGUUAAACCCAGUAGUAUACCAUUGGCCACACUGGGCUCUAGUGUACCUGAGGGUGUAACAGUGGAGGAAGAAUUGGAUGACAAACCAAAAUUCAUCCUUGCUCCAACUCCUGCCCAGUUAGGGAAAGCACCACGUCAGAAGAGACUCUCAUCCACAGGACAAGCUUCAGUCGUAAGCGACACCACUCAGGAGCAAUCGCCAGGAGUCAAAAUGGCUCCUCCACAACAUCCGCCAAACUUAGAGAUGAAAGUUUCCCCUAGCUGUAGCAAUAGUUCAGAGGGAGACUGCUUAACUCCUGCAUCUAUAUGUGGUAGUCAGGGUGCAUCCGUUCCACCCUCUCCAAGUGGCAAGAAGAGUUUCUUCAAGAAGAAUAUAGAAGAUGGCAUGGAUAAGGUGUUGGAACAAGUGAAUUUUGAGCAGAAGUUUGGGGCAUUGCCUGAGUACAACCCAGAUGAGGUCCAGUCUCCGAGUAUGGCUGUCACCACCAUUCCCUCUGUCCCUUCUUCCCCUCGCACGUUCAUUAGUUCUUAUAGGAAGAAGAGAAAGCAUUCCACAGGUGGUGAAGAAUCGGAGGCAGAAACUCCAAUGAGUGGGACACCUCACCUAACACCAUCACUUACUCCUUCAUCCACUCUUCAGGGAUCAAAGUUUUUCCCUCCAGAUUUCAAUCCAGAUUCAUUUAAAGAACCAAGAGGAGAAACUGCCGAUAUUGACUCUCCUGCAGGUGGACAAUCCCCCCGCACUCCCAAAACUCCUAGGGAUGCAGACAAGAGCCACUCUUCGUUGAGACAUAUCCUUGAUCAGCGGCGGACUCUCGUCAUGCAGCUUUUCUCGGAGUUUGGCUGGUUUCCUUCAGCUCAAGCGGUGGCGCAUUUUCAGACUCGAUAUUCGGAUAUUUUCCCCACCAAAAACUGCCUCAUCCUCAAGAUUCGAGAGGUGCGACAGAAAGUUCACCAAAAUACCCCCAACACUCCAGGUGUCCCAAGUAGCCCAAAUCCAGCUGCUGCAAACACCACGGCAGCUGCCUCAUCGUCUCAUGCCUCAGCUCCUCCUCCUCAUCCUCUGCCACCGCCUUCUCAACAUGUACACAAAUCCCAUCACAAUGGACCAUCACCGUCUUUGAAUGUUGCUGUGCCAACCUCAAGUCAGGGUUCUACAGGCCUCCCUCUUACCACUUAAUGAUAACUUUUCAUUAGAUAUUUUUGUUGUAUCCUUGUCUUUGGUUAAUACAAUUUGUUAUUUUGUAUAAAAGCAACAUGACGCAGUAAGAAGUUUUACACAAAUGAGAUUUCUGUGGUUACAAUUUUUGUAUAAAAAAGAUUUAUUUGUCAAAUAUUUUAUAUUGGAGGUAUGUUAAGUGUAUAUUAAUUUCUGUUAUCACAUGAAAUCAGAGAAGUGUAAAGCAGGCCUGUCAUCCAAACUGGCCUUUGUUGUUGCUCAAUUUUUGCCUCACAAAACUAUGGCAUUAUGAAGGACAAAGCUAUGAAAGUACGAGACUGAUAGAAAUCUAGGAUGAUGUCGAGUCCAACAGGAUAAGUUAUCACCAUGGAAAAUGUUUUACUAUCUUCAUGGCAGUGUUCAUGGUAGAUGUGUGAGGUAUCAUCCUUGGUUUCUGAAAGUGUCAUACACUUGUCACUGUUAUUAUAGACUGAUGUGGAGGACUUGGAAGCCUGAUUGAUGUAUUGCCCCUUUUAAAAAAAAAAUUUUUUUAGGAAAAAAAUUAUAUACUGUAUUAUAUUUGAAAAUUUUUCUAUUGUUAUUAAGUCUUUUGUAUUUAAAAGAUUCCUUGGAUAUGUGUGUGUGCAUGUGUGUGCGCCUGUAAUAGAACUAUCUUUAUGGAGAUUGUCUAUACAUUUGAGUACAUUUGUUGAAGGGCUGUAGAAAAACUAUCCGUAGGCCAGUGCCAGUGAUUUCUCACAGUUAUUUAAUACUGGAUAUUGUCAUUAUUGUUUAUGUGAUUGACAACUGUUAAUGUAGGAAAGGCCAAGUCCAAGCUUGAAGAAAUUAAAUCAGACUGUUAAGAGAGUUACAGAAGAGGAGAUGCUUUGUUUAACUUCCUUUUGUAAGACCUUUGUCAAGUGAGUGAAAUUGAAAUUCAAAGAUAUUUGUUUGGGCGUGCCAGAAAUUAUUUUGCCCUCGCAAUGCCUGUACAUAAAAUAUUGUGAAAUUCGUGAUUUUCUUCUUUUUAAAGAAAAGAUAUUGUUGAUCUCGUCGCCGACCUUUUAUCAAGAGUGUAUGUGUAAUGCCCUGCUGUUAGGGUUCUUAGAAUUUGUUUUAAUUGCCUUGUUUUAUCAUCAUUAUUACCCUCAUAGAGAUAAGCUCAAAAAGAAGCAUUACCUGGUCUAUAUCUCUCAAAGUACAAUUAAGAAGCAAUAUAGAUGGUAUGUCGUGUUUGAAGUUAGGGAGCAGAAAGCUUUGUUAGAUGCUCUUCUGAGUUAUAAAACAGGAAUGUCAUCUUUGAAUUUGCCACAUAUGAUGACUUGUGUGAAACACAGUUGUGAUGGGACCAGCUUCACGAGCUUCGUUGAAAAUGUAAAUAAUGGUAUACUUACCCAGUUGCAACACUAGAAAAGUGCUGUGUGACCUCUCAUUUCAUGCGCGACAGACCCAGUGCCACAAAUUGGUGGGUCACGAAAACUGGACAGACUAUCACUAGUGUGCAAGUAUGUAUGUCAGUGCGCGCGUGUGUUUGGAGAAUCUCAGUGUCAAUAUUAGUAUCAAGCUUUAGCACUUAUUGUCGAGGGAGAAUGAAAGGUCUCUCCUGGCUAUUGUAGUUGUUGUUGUUCUAACAAAUAAGCUUUCUUCAGCUUGAAAAAAGAAAGUGGCCAGGGUUGUUGACCCAUGAGUGUUCUCCUGAGAUUUCAAAAAGAGGCUACUGCCAAGAGAAGCCAUCCAUCACCACAUUGUCUUGACCGCUCUGGUUGUGUAGAGGAAUUUCUUUUCAGAAAGUUAUCUUAAAAGUUUAUUCUUACUGAUGCUAUGCUGAGUUGGAAGUAAUUGUAAUUUUUUUAGACAAAGUUGUACAAAUAAGUUUAUAGCAAUUAGUCACAUUUUUAGACUCCUCGCCAAUUUGAGUAGCGAUCUUUAGGAAUUUGACCUAAAGCUCGUUCUUUUUCACUCGCAUCUUUUUUGCAGAUUUAUGAAACCUCCAUAUUGUUUUGUAACAGAUCCAUCUCACUUGUCUUAAUUUGAGAGGAUAUACAGUACCAAAUUGUUUUUAGCAAUAUUAAUACAAUAGUUGUCCAGAAAUGGGGCUAAUUACUGUAAUAACAUAAAUAUAAGGGAGUGUGCUCAGUGUAUUCUGUCUCAUCUAGCAAAUUUCAAGGUCAAGACUUUAUGGGAUGGCCAAAGGGGUAAGUUAAAAGAGAAAGAUUAAAAAAAGGGAUGAACUGUUAGAGCCAACAGAAAUUAAUUUUGGUUUAUUUCCAGCGAGGUCAUUUUUUAGGUUGUUAUGUACGGACGCCCAAUAUAUGAGUACAGUUAAGUUCAAUCAGCAGACAUUAGGCAGCAUAAGUGCAGUUAAUGUGUAUAAAUUAUGGCAUAAUGUAUAGCCAUGUGAGGAACAUGAUUUCUUAUGCUAUGUGGAAACUUACCACUUGUAUUCUUGCAACCAUUUGCAUGUUGAUUUUUUACAUAAUAUAUCCUUUGUUUAUUGUUGCAUUUUCAUAUACUUCGUAGAUUAUUUUCACCUACUUACUUUCGCCUGUUUAAAAAUUAGCAAUCUUACUGGGGCAUCAUUAGGAUAAUUAGUAAUGCAACUAGAGUUUAAAGCUAAAAGAUGGUUUAAACAAUUAGUUUAAAUGUUUUACAUUUAUAAUAUAAAAACCGAAACGGUAAACUUCAUCCCUAUAUUUAUUAAGAGGAAUUACCAAGGAGAACAUAGACAACUGUAGAUUGAAGUACAUUAUUCAGAAGAUUGUAUUAAUAACACUUGUAGCGAUAGGUGAAGAAUGAAUCUGGAUUUUUAAGUUGUAUGCAACCACAUCAGAGAUGAAACAUGUAAAGUAUAUUAACUCGGUGGCUGAAUAUGCUUGUCAGACUUGAUCAAUCUGCAUUAGCUACAUUUUUGCUGGGCAUAGUCUGCUUCCAGGAGGCAAAUUUGACUCAUUUUACUCAAUUCAGCAUUCUUGGUUUUCAGAAUGCCAGAACUACUUUUGUGUUUGCUUGCAUUUGUAAGUGACAAGACACCAGUAAAAAUGUUCAUUGCUAGCUCUAUAAUUUUUUUGGAAGGGAUUAAAAUUUCUUCUUAUUCUCUCUUCACCCUCCAGUUUGACUCCUUAGUGUUUCAUCUUUGUAGUGGCCAAAUACUCUAAUAGUAGUACAAUUUGUUUGAUCAAGUGUUCUGCAUAGGUUCAUUCUCAUUGUUUAAAUAGGGUAUUCAAACAUGCACAAAUAAACCCUCAGGAAACUUUUUGCAGAGUUUUGAGGUCUAGUUAAAUUAUGAAGAAUAUUAUUGAACAUGCACAUUAGUAAUAAAGUUCUUAGGAUGAGGUUUAUUUAUUCAUUAGAAUUGCAGGACUGUAUCUAAUUGAAUGUUUUUGGUUGGGAUCAAACUGUUCACUAACACUUGACAUCAUCUUGUUUUGACGUCCUUCCCUUUUUAUGUAGCCACUAAGGAGUCUUAGAAGCAGUCAGCCUUGCUUGAUUACACACCCAUAAUUAGCAGUCAGCCUUCUUGCUUUAAUUACACACCCAUAAUGAGGCACCUCUGUGUCUGUAGCAUACUUGAUGAGAGUGCACAUAGACGUUGCUGUCUGUAUUUGAAUCAUCAUGCGAUUGUGGCGCUGUUGGUUAGUAUACAGUUUACACUUUUGUAGCUUUACAGCAGCACUGUGACUCUGAACCAUCAAAUGAUAAUUGUUAAGAUAAUUCCAGUUUUUUGCUUUUCCUUUCCUUUAAACAGCUAGGUCAGGAAAUAAUAUCUCACUGAAAUUCAGUGAGAAUUUUUACUACUGUUACAUGACUAGUGUAUUUUGUCGUUUAAUCUUCCUGUUAUUAACUUAUUUAAUGUUUGCCUGGAUGGACCAGAGCAUAACUUGUCAUCUUCCUCAGUUGGCUAUAUACAAUGUCUGCCUUGAAUUGAGGCUGCUUACUUGGGUUUCAAUCCCAUCUUUACCCUUUUCUAAACCCCCUCCCCUCUUUGGAUACGUUGAGAAAGCUUUCUGUCAUAUUCUUAGCUGUGAUAUUCUUUUGUUUUCAUGAGCUUUAUAUCAGUUUCUGUGGCAAUGGCUGAAGUCAGCACUUGUGUGUGUGUUGAAGAAAAUUGUAGAUGCCAUUCAAAGCUUCAUUUAGAAGCUUUGUCUUGGUCUUGUUUUAUUGUGCAUUUCUCCUCAGUUGUGGAGGAGGAUAAAUUAUUCAUAAAUAGGAAUUUAUGUAAUGUAUGAAGUUACAUUGAAUGUUAACAUAUUGAUAAUGCAUAUAUAUUUUUCUUUUUUAUUUUGUUUUAAGUUAUUAGCCAAGAAUUUUUUAAUGCAUGAAUAGAACUCUAACAAUGUUAGGGUAAAUUGAUAAUGAUGAUGAUGAUGGCUAAAGCAGAAAGAAAAUUCAUCCCAGCAAUAUUAUUAUUAUCCUUUUGUGUCCUCUAUUUAAGAACCUUUGAAAUGUUAAGUUUAUGUUUUGAGAUAUGGUACCCAAUGUGAUUAGUUAAAAGAUAUUUUUUGUUUUUCUCUUUUAGUACUUAAAAAAGAAUAAAACAAACAAUAAUU